UCUGCAGAACAGAUUUCGAUCUGGAACAACAUUUUCACGACCUUUCUGUACCCAAGGCUAAGUCGGCCGCGUUGAAAUAACUCGCAUCCACCCGGCGGGGGUCUAGGAGAUAUCUCCACGUCCGGCGAAUGUAUCGUGAGGUAGCUCUGGAGAACACGGUUCGAUCUGGACCGAAAUCUCCAGGACUUAUCUGCGCCCAAUCGCCAUUCCGCCUACCGAGUUUGCUCCACAUCCGCCCGGGGGUCUAGGAGAUAUCUCCACGUCCGGCGAAUGUAUCGUGAGGUAGCUCUGGAGAACACGGUUCGAUCUGGACCGAAAUCUCCUGGACUUAUCUGCGCCCAAUCGCCAUUCCGCCUACCGAGUUUGCUCCACAUCCGCCCGGGGGUCUAGGAGAUACCUCCACGUCCGGCGAAUGUAUCGUGAGGUAGCUCUGGAGAACACGGUUCGAUCUGGACCGAAAUCUCCAGGACUUAUCUGCGCCCAAUCGCCAUUCCGCCUACCGAGUUUGCUCCACAUCCGCCCGGGGGUCUGGGAGAUACGUGGGUUUUUAUGAGGCAUCGAGACGCCAAUUUCGGUGAGGCUGAACCACCUUGUCACUGCCCCCUGCAGAGCUUCGUUGAGGAUGGAGUCCGCGGAGAUGGCAGGGGCCAGAAGACUCCUCCACACGAGUCGACGCUGGCAUCCUUCAACAACGACGCCUUUGACAGAGAGGACGAUGGCUGUGCCGCAGGGCGCCAGGGAUCGAUCCUACAGAGCGAGCGUGGGAAGACUCCCAAAUCCUACGGCUCCCUCGGCCAAUCGGCAGCCGGGGGGAGUGACACCGCGGCCGGAAGCUGCGGUGCUGGCGGCGCCAUCUUGGGUGGGGUGGGCGGCGCCAUCUUGGGUGGGGGAGGCGGGGCAGGAAGUGAUGUCACAACGGAAGUCGGUGAUGGCUGUGGCGGUGGUGGCGGUGGUGGUGGUGGCGGUGGUGGUGGUGAUGGGGUUAUGGUGAUGGUUGGCCCUCAGGGUAAAGUGAUGGGAG